CGGUUCGUUGACGACGCCUGGCGCCCACUUGCGUCCUGUUUCGGGACCCCGCCAUCAAACUUCGGCCUGCUGCCACGCAACCCGAUAUCACGGCUGCCUUCGAGCCGUAGCUGCCUGCGCACAUCCUCAAAACCGACUCGCAUCUUCUCGAGCGACACUUUUCGAUACCCUCUUUCCGGCCACCGCGAAGCGAACAUCAUCAUGUCUGGCGUCUGGGGCUGGUUUGGCGGCGGCGGUGGCGCCAAGAAGAAGAACGAUGCCAAAGAUGCGAUCCUUGGCCUGCGAGUCCAACUCGAUAUGCUGCAAAAGAGAGAGAAACACUUGCAAAACUUGAUGGAUGAACAAGAUGCUAUCGCAAGGAAGAAUGUGAACACAAACAAGAACGCCGCAAAGGCUGCCCUGCGCCGCAAGAAGGGCCACGAGCACAGCCUGGAGCAAACAGUUUCCCAAAUCACGACACUUGAGUCCCAAAUCAACGCUAUCGAGUCUGCGAACAUCAACCGCGAGACAUUGCUCGCUAUGGAGAAGGCUGGCCAGGCCAUGAAGGGAAUUCACGGCAAGCUCACGGUCGAAAAGGUGGACCAGACCAUGGAGGACCUCCGAGAACAAAAUGCACUCAGCGAAGAGAUUGUCAACGCUAUCACAACGGGACAAACGGACGCCAUCGACGACGUGGACUUGGAGGAUGAGUUGGAACAGAUGCAGCAGGAACAGUUGGACGAGCAGAUGAUCAGCACCGGCUCGGUUCCCGUAUCGGAUGCUGUACACCGCAUGCCCGCUCCGGCAAACGGAGAACUCAAAGGCAAGACGCCCGUCGCUGUCGAGGAGGACGACGAAGAGGCAGAGCUCCGUAAGCUGCAGGCGGAGAUGGCCAUGUAA